AUGUUUCCUGGCAUGCUCGGCGUAAAAGUAGAAGCUUAUAUUGACGAUUUGGUUUGCAGAAGCAUAUUCGCUCGGGACCACCUUCGGGAUCUGGGAGAGGUCUUUGCUGUUCUAAAACAUAGGAAGCUACGUCUCAAUGCCGAGAAGUGUGCGUUUGGCGUUAGCUCGGGGAAAUUCCUAGGAUACAUGGUGAGUCGUCGAGGAAUCGAAGCUGAUCCUACCCAGAUUUUGGCUGUGCAGCGGCUACGAGCUCCAACGACGAUUAAAGAGGUACAGCGGCUCACGGGGAUGGUUGCUCCCUUGAACCGUUUCAUUCGACGUUCGAGCGAUCUCUGCCGCCCGUUCUUCCGAGCAAUCACAACAAGCCGACGCAGAUUUGUAUGGACAGAGGAGUGCGAGCAGGCUCUGCAAUCUUUAAAGCAAUACCUAUCUCACGCUCCUUUGCUCGUCAAGCCCCUGCCCGAUGAAGAUCUCUAUCUUUACCUUGCCGUCUCUGACCAUGCAACGAGCGCGGUUCUUGUUCGGAGAGAAGGGAUGGACCAUCAACCAAUCUUCUACUCCAGUAAAACGAUGACGGAUUCUCAGACGAGAGCUGUUCUUCGGAAAACGGACACGUCGAGUCGAAUCCUGAAGUUCUCUCAAGACUUGGCCAACUUCGACAUCCAAUUCGAGCCUCGGACAGCUAUCAAAGGGCAAGUCCUGGCCGACUUCUUUGCCGAACUCACUCCCGGCUUACAAGACGAGGCCAAUGCCCUGGCAAUUGCUGCUGAGGACUCUCGGAUUCAAGAAGAAGAGGUUUUGGAAGGGCCGUCCAGCUGUCAUGCCGAACCACUCCGAGCUCGGUAUUCCCUCGGGCGCAAGAAACCCAAAAGACAAUGGAAGCUCUUCUCCGGCGAUGCUUGGCGACUGACCGUCGAUGGAGCUUCUAACGUUCAUGGAGCUGGUGCCGGCAUCGUCCUUGUUUCACCCAGCGGGACUGUUCAUGAAAGCGUGGUUUCAAUUGGGUACACAGCGACGAACAACGAUGCGGAAUAUGAGGCUCUAAUUGCAGGCCUCCAACUUGCUCUUCGGCUGGAUGCAGAUUCGGAUCAUGUCUUUUGUGAUUCUCAGCUCAUUGUGGGGCAUUUAAACGACGAUUAUCAAGCCAAAGAUCGACGUAUGAAUGCUUACGUAAGCCACGUGUUGUCUUUGUUCGGCAAAUUUGGACGCGUCGAAGUGGAGUGGAUCGCUCGGGAGCAUAACGCCCACGCUGACGCCCUUGCAGGUCUUGCUUCAGUUUACAAGACCUCGGGUAGUCGCACCAUCACCUUCGACGAGGUCCCCAAGCCGAGCUUCGAAAAGCCGUCUGAACAGGUUAUGGCCAUCACCCUCGGCUCAAGCCAGCUGGAUUCUGUGGUUGCUUACCUGAAGAAUCAAGUGCUACCGACGAACAAGCGCGAGGCGUACAAAAUCCGUUGCUGA